UUUUUUGAGGCGUCCGCCAUGUCUGACACGAACCUCGUCCUUAACAGCAAGCGUGCUGCAGAGGGACUCGAGUCACCUCAUGAUUAUCUCGGCGAAGGCGGCCAGCGGUAAAGGGCGGCGCUUAACGCGCCUGAAGGAACGUGGUUCGCCAACCAGCUCACGCCACCAAAAGUCCGCAGUCGGCCCGGCAGAGACUUUUUUCUUUCCCCGGUGUUGUUUGCUCUGCCUUUCGCCUGCGUUACGAUACUGGUAUACUAGGCUGCGCUUCUCUUUUGCAGCUUAGCCUAUUAUUUUCUUCUUGUCUCAGCACUCUUUUACAGCAUGGCGGCCGAGGUUGAAACGCGGAAAUGCGCUGGGGUAGACUGCGGGAAUAGUGCGGGGACCUUGCAGUGUCCGACUUGUCUCAAGCAGGGCAUUGACAGCUUCUUCUGCUCUCAAGACUGUUUUAAGAGGAGCUGGAGUUCCCAUAAGACUGUCCACAAGGCCAAGAGUAAUAUCCUCACCAACCUUUUUCCUCCGAAGGUAGUUUCUGAACCAGAUCCAGCAACCGGCCACUACAAUCCUUUCCCCACGUUCCCUUUCACAGGCUCGUUGAGACCUGUCUACCCUCUCUCCCCACGCAGAACCGUUCCGGACUCGAUCCGCCAUCCCGACUAUGCCUACGAUGGCAUCCCCCGGUCAGAACAGAAGUUCGUCGGUCGACAUAAUAUUACCAUUCUCAACAAGAAGGAACAGGAGGGUAUGAGGAAGGUGUGCCGCCUGGCACGCGAAGUACUGGAUAUCGCUGCACGAGCGGUAAAACCCGGGGUGACAACGGACUACAUCGACGAAAUCGUCCACAAGGCUUGUCUAGAGAGAGAUUCAUACCCGUCGCCGCUGAACUACGUGCACUUCCCUAAGUCUGUUUGCACUUCUAUCAACGAGACCAUCUGUCACGGUAUUCCCGACCAGCGACCUCUCGAGGAUGGCGACAUCAUCAAUAUCGAUGUAACUCUUUACCACGGUGGAUUCCACGGUGAUAUUAACGAGACAUACUAUGUGGGGGAGAAGGCUCUUGCAAAUCCUGACGCCGUUCGAGUGGUGGAGACCGCGAGAGAGUGUCUGGAUAAAUCAAUAGAACUAGUCAAGCCAGGAAUGCUCUUCAGAGAGCCUGGUAAUCUUAUCGAGAAGCAUGCGAAGAGCAGGAAUUGCAGUGUGGUGAAGAGCUACUGUGGCCACGGUAUCAAUCAGCUCUUCCACUGUGCACCCAACAUUCCUCACUACGCAAAGAACAAGGCAGUUGGCACUGCAAAGCCGGGAAUGUGCUUCACGAUCGAACCAAUGAUCAACAUUGGCACUCACCGGGACAAGACUUGGCCUGAUGACUGGACGAGUACUACGGCGGAUGGAUCUCUGUCGGCCCAGUUUGAGCACACGCUUUUGGUUACUGAGGAUGGUGUUGAGGUGCUGACCGCAAGGUUACCUGAUUCGCCUGGUGGCCCAGUCCCUAUGCCCUCAACAGAUGCGAAGGAGGCCCAGAAUGGUGCUGCUGCCGAGACGACUUCUGCAUGACACCAUCUGAAUUGCGGAAAAUGCAAAUUACGGUAGACGGAUUCAUGACAAACUUGCACAUUCCAAGGAUCAGGAUAUAGCAUGAUUUAGACACGGUUCUGGCUUCUCAUGAUGGCUGUAGCAGCAAUGACUAUAUACGACAGCUCACAUACGACGCACGCAUAUGCUUCUAUCUUUCUCGGCCAUUUUCUAUGUCUACAAAUGUUUCGAUCACCAUGUUUUCCGUAGGUGCUCUGGAUGUACUGUAGUUCACUCAAGAGGAGCUUAGAUGGAUGAAGAAAUUGACCAUAGCACGAGAAGUCGGUUAUGGUAGACCCCAGAUAGGUCUGAUCUGAACAGAACUUCUCCCCAACGAAUAAUAAGUCAUCAAUUAUUGCUAGUCUCAUAGUUCUCC